CCUCCCCGGCUCCCUCUCUCCGCUAUGGAGGACAACACCGACUACGGCAGUAGCAAUAACAACAACGCCGGCUCCGGCAGCGGCCAGGAAGACUUCGCCGAAGGCUCCAAGAUCAACGCGAGCAAGAACCAGCAGGAUGACGGCAAAAUGUUUAUUGGAGGCCUGAGCUGGGAUACAAGCAAGAAGGACUUGACAGAAUACUUAUCUCGCUUUGGAGAAGUGGUGGACUGCACAAUUAAAACCGAUCCCGUGACAGGGCGGUCCAGAGGCUUUGGGUUUGUGCUUUUCAAAGAUGCUGCCAGUGUUGAGAAGGUAUUGGAACUGAAAGAACAUAAACUGGAUGGCAAGUUAAUAGAUCCCAAAAGAGCAAAAGCUCUGAAGGGGAAAGAGCCACCUAAAAAAGUGUUUGUUGGUGGACUGAGUCCGGAUACAUCUGAGGAGCAAAUAAAGGAAUACUUUGGCGGCUUUGGAGAGAUUGAAAAUAUCGAGCUUCCCAUGGACACCAAGACAAAUGAAAGGAGGGGGUUCUGUUUCAUCACGUACACAGAUGAAGAGCCAGUAAAGAAAUUGCUGGAAAGCAGAUACCAUCAGAUUGGUUCUGGCAAGUGUGAGAUCAAAGUAGCACAGCCCAAAGAUGUGUAUAGACAGCAGCAGCAGCAACAGAAGGGGGGCAGAGGCACUUCCUCUGGUGGGCGUGGUGGUUCCCGAGGACGCGGCAGGGGUCAAGGCCAGAACUGGAGCCAAGGUUACAAUAACUAUUAUGAUCAAGGAUAUGGAAGUUACAACAGUCCUUACAGCGAUCAGAGCUACAGCAGCUAUGGCGGAUAUGAUUAUUCGGGGUAUAACUACCCCAGUUAUGGCUAUGGUCAAGGAUACGCCGACUACAGUGGACAGCAGAGCACGUAUGGAAAGGCAUCCAGAGGUGGUGGUAAUCACCAAAAUAACUACCAGCCAUACUAAAGGAGCACUGGAGAAGAAACAGCGGGAACUUCAUUGCAGGCCGUGUGUCACCCUGACCACGUCUAUCUCUGGGGGUCGCACGUUGCAGGCAGAGCGCAAGGCAUACACCAGAAAACGCUGUCCUGUGGUAUGGUCUCUUCCAACUUCAUGUACCAGCGUAAAGAUUAAAGUGGAAAACUUCAGACUUUGGCUUCUUUUUUAAAAAAAAUCUUCUUUGAAGAUUUCUAAGUGUCUUAACUUAAAAUGAUUUUUUACAGGAGUUAAAGUGCAUAAAUGCCUUUACAGCUUAAUCAUUUUUUGGUCUUCUGUUUAGUGUUGUAUAUCAAUUGUGGAACCUCAUUUUAAGUGUUCGUUCUUUAAGAUUUAAUGCUUGCUUUUUUCUUUUUAUAGCUUAGUGAAAUCUACAAACCAAAACGAACUUUUAAAUCUGGGAACAUUAAAGAUCAUAUGCAAGCAGCAGGGCUGUAUUUGAAUCACCUGGCUAACAAUUUUCCUCAGUGUAAUCUCCACUCUUUCUUUCCCACUAGCAGUUGAAGCCGUGAAAGGCUCUUUCCGAAGCUUGGUUUUUAGGAAACCAAGAAUUUCUCUUUUCUGAGUUCCUACA